AUGGGUGUUGACUCGAACAAGCCUCCUCCACUCCCUGCCCCGACCGAGACCGACUCCAUCACCCCCACCGAGCUGGCGACCAAUGUGUCCAGGCCAAACGACGAAGCUUCCCAUUACUCUCUGCCCGACGACGGCACUCCCGUCACCAUCAAGACCCGCGGUCACAGUGCCAACCGUUCCCAAACGUCGCUCCUGAUUGAGUAUUUCGAGGGUGGCAAGCCCGGCCCUGAGGGAACGGUCGAACGCAAGCCCAGUGUCCGCGUGCGCCUGACCCCGUCCAAGAAGCACCGCGGCGACCACAUCCAGAUCACCGAGACCAAGAGCAACACCCGCAAGACCUCGCUCACCCGCCGUGUGCCUCUGCCGUCCACCACAGCAGCCUCCUCGCAUCUCGACGUUGAAGCUCUCGAGGGCGAGGACGCCGACAGCAUGCGGUCCUACGCCUCCGCAACGGAGGAGUCCAAUGUGUCGAGGAACCCAAUCGACAUUGAAAUUGACCGCGGCGGACGGCGUCGUCGGCCGGCGAGUCCUCUGAUUCCCGAUGCCGAUGCUCAGUCCUCUUACCUCGCUCCCAACAUGUCCGACAUAUCGGCAAUUCCCCAAGACAGCUUUCUCGACGGCUCUGGAUCCACUGUAUUAACAAAGAAUUCCGAAAGGCGCAGUAAGAGCACGUCGCGGGGUACUGAGUUGGCGGCCGGUGUCACUGGCGCAUUGGCUGGCGCCGCGAUAGCUGAUCAUGCAAAGAGCAGUAGGAGCAAAAGACACAGCGGCGAAAGAAAAGUAUCAGGUGAAAGAUCCUCAAGAGACAAAGAUCGCAAGCACCGUUCGAGCAAGAGUCGGACAAGUAGUAUCAGCGAGAAGCAAUCGGAAGGAACGCGAUCACCCCGGCGACGCUCAAGUCGGGGCCAUGUUGAUUCUGUUUUGUCUGGAGCAGAUUCCAGUCUUUUAUCAUCCAGCAUUUCUCCCAGCCACCGCUCCUAUGACCAAAGCUCGGUUCGUUCUGGGGCUUCCAAGUCUUCCAUCAAUAACCCAAAAUUACUAGAAACCGUCGAGGAUGCCAUUCGUCGACUUAUCCUGCCGGAAUUGAGCGCAUUGAAGAGAGAACAGAGUAAGCGCGAAAGCCGCCGCAGCUCCCUCACAUCAACCGGAACGGGGACGUCCUUAUCUCGAGAAGAUCUGGGGGUAGACCGACGCAAGUCCGCCGAUAAGCGCAGCGACGCCGGUCGCGACAGCCGGCAUCGGGAUCGCAGAGACCGGGAGGCUCGCCACGACUAUGUUGACUCUCCGCGAAGCGUCGCCGGCGAAUCAGUCGAAGAAUCUUCCAUCGUCUCCGUCGACGACACACCGCGGCGAAGCGAUGGCGCACUCAAGGCUGCUGUUGGAGGUGCAGCAGCAGCUGGGCUUGCUGCUGCUGCCAUGAACGCAGCAUCGCCGUCUUCGGAAGAUAGAAGGCAGCGUAGACGCCGGCGUGCUGAUGGCUCGGCUCGAAGCAGAAGCGUAGGCCGUGAGAAGUACGACGAGGAGUUCCACGAGGAAGAGGUCCCAACCCCGCCAAUGCCGUUGAUGAGCGAGGUCAACCCCUCCGAAAUGACCCGGACCUCGAUUCUUUCGGCCGACACCGAUCGGCCUCAUUCCGCCAUGGAAGAGAGAGCCUCCGUUCAUGAGGUUGCCCGGGGCAACGCCUCAGUCGACUCCUCACCUACGCCAACUCAAGCAGCACCAAUCACCAAUUUGCAACAGACCUUGGGCACGAAGCACGCCAACAUUUCUCACGGCGACUUGAGAGAACUCUCUCGCUCACGAACGGGAGAUUUCUUGGAGCAGAGCGAGGUAGAGGAGUUCAGCCAAAGUCCUUCUUCGCAAGUUCACGAAGAAUAUGACGAUUACGACGAUCGAAGCCGCGUUACGGGGAGUGAAGGCGAUUACGCUGAAUCUGGCCAUGAGUAUGACUACUACAACACCCAGGAUGUGCCGCCUCCGCUGAAAUAUGUCCCGUACCAACCUGAGAGGAGGGGGCUGAGCCCAAUUUACAGCGUGUCCGGCUACACUGAGGCUGGUAGCGAGACGGCUGCGCAGCGUGACUCUAGGAUGUCGCAUGGGACCGCUUCGCCAACCAGGUCCCAAGCGUCUCACACUGAUUUGAGAGCCUUCUCGCCAGCUUCGGCGCCAAGCAAUGUGCUGAGCCGGGGCUUCGACGAGCAGUCUGUGGAUGACCGCAGCGUCAGAAGCGGGCAAGACUACCGCAACAGUCAAUACACCGAGGGCAGUGAGAUCGGAACUUCUACUGGUCAGGCUGUUCGUGGUAUCGCUGCGAAUCCCAACAUCAUUCAUGUGCCCAACGGUGUCGAGUCCAACGUAGCCUCCCUCAUCGACGGCUCUAUGCUUGGGUCUCAACUCACAACAGGCUCCGGAUACGACUACAGAGACUCUCAAGCAUCGUACGGCAAUGAGUCCAAUGUUUCGUACGGACCAGAAUCCUAUGUGUCGUACGCUAAAGACUCAAAUGUCUCCUACGAUGACCAAUCCAAUCUUCAGCCCCGUUCGCGGGAUGUCAGUCCGGAAAAGCGCUCCGUAGCCGACCAGCGCGAGUUCUUUGAGCAACGCGAGCGCGAGAGUAGCCGCACGCCUACAUCAAGCCGCCAGAGCCACCGAUCAAGAGAUUUUGCUGGAGAGUACGACCUUGACGAGUAUGGCAGAAAGGUUGCUCCUGCUAGGUACAGGAACUCCCCUUCUACGUCUACGCGGCACUCUCCCACUGCCUCCGAAAAAGCGAUUGCCGCAGGAGCUGUUGGCGCGGCUGCUGCUGCGCUCAAGGCCGCCAAGGACAAGACGAAGCAGCCGACCGUGGAGGAGGUCGACGAGGAGCAUGCUGAAGAGUGGGUCCCUGAAGGUGUCACCAGAAACAAGUCCUUCAAACAGCGAGCGAUGGAAGGCCGCGAGCCUGCAAACACCCCGACGCAUAGUAUUGACCGUCUUGACCUUGAGGAUAAGCCCAAGAUGGGUGCUAGUGCCAUGCCCACCUUUGACGACCCGAUGCCCGAGGUCGGAUACGUGGACGACGAUGAUGCCUUGACAAACCCGUCGCUGGUCCGCGAGCCGCUUGGUGGCAGCGACCACAACGAUGGGGACCACUGGCCGGGCGACAUCACCCCCCGCCAAGGUACACCUCGCCAAAGCGACUUCGACAAUUCCUACGAGGAAUACAACUCGGAAAAGCACAGCCCACGCGGCCACGGUAAUCUGGGGAUGGCCGCUGCCGAUGCCGCUAUGGGAGCUGCCGCCGGCGCAGCCACGGCUCACCACCGACAAGCCAGUGGAGAGCACGAGGACGAGUGGCGACGCACGUCGGCUGAGCGAAAGCGGGACACUGUCAUCACGAACCCCUAUGAUGGCGCGAGCCCCGUUGAUCACCCCGACCUGCUCGGUGGCAGAGGAUUCGAAGACUAUGCUGCCACGUACCACGCUGACAGUCCGGCUGGACACAAGAAUUUGGACGAGGGCUACAUCUCACAAGGUCCCAUUCAUUCGCCAAACAUGCAGCCUACCAGUAAGGCCAUGAUGCCCUUUGGCGAUAUGACUCCCGAAGAUCCCUUCUUCGUGCCUCAGCACUCACGGCAUAUGAGUGGUCUAUCCCAGGGCAUGAACUCGCCUCUGUAUGAUGCAGCCACUGGUAACGCCAUUGACAGAAUUGAAUCCAAGGAUAUCAUUGCUUUGAUGCAACAUCUCAUGGUCCGCGAUGCUCAAAGGAGCGCUCGUGACACGGAGAUCCUAGUCACGCUCGUCCGCUCUGCGGCUGAAAUGCGCAACUCCUUUGAUGACCUCAAGAAACUUCUUGCCAACACCGAGGACGUCAUCAUCAAAGAGGUCCAGGAGAACACUGACGAAACGGUCAAGAACGCCGUCAGCAGCUCCCGUGCCUAUCCUGGCAGUCUUCCGCGCUCCAUCAAAGGCUACAGCGCUGCGUCCCAGAACAGCACCCUCGACGAGACUGCCAAGAAGAGUAAUUUCUUCCGCAAGGCGCUCAAGGGUCUCAGCAACAAGGGCGCCAACGAUCUAAGCAGGAUUGAGGACAUGCUCAUGCAGCUGCUGGGUGAGGUCGACGCACUCAAGGCGCAGACUAUGAGACCCGGCAUGGUCAGCGGCCGGCCAUCUUACGAGAACCUCACCCCAGAGAUGCAGUACGAGCAAGAUCGGGGCUAUGAGCCCGAAGGCCAGGCUGGCACCUCCACUACUAGCCAGGGUAGUCACUCAGCGAUGUCGUCAUUUGCCCAAUCCCGAGGCCCAUCCAAGUUGGCGUACGAACUCAACCGCAUCAGCACCGUCCACGAAGACAAUGAGGAAGACUACAACUCCCAACACAACUACGCCGAUCAAAAGGGGGUGCUGACGCCCAACCAGGAAUUCCAGCGUGGCGGUUCCGUGCCCUUGGGCACACCUCCUCAACCCAUUACUGCUCAGAACGCAUCGUUGAGCAAUGACAAUACUCCCAAGACGGAUAAAGGCAAGAAGCACAAGAGAGGAUCUUCGAGCUGGUUUCCCAAGAUCUCUCGAUGGUCUGAAUCGACGGCCACAAGCGUGAGCAAAGCCUUCCGCGGCAGCGGCUCUAGCAAGAAGGAACAUGACGACGAGUUCCUGCAACACCCUCCGUCCCGAUCUGGAUCCGAUCUCCGAUAUGAUGACCCAUACCAGAACGACUUCGGCAGCGACCAGCUGCACUCUGGUUUCUCACAGCAGGAUCUCGCAGCUCCUCAACCCCCGCACCUAGAGCCUCCUGCCACCUACAUGACCCCAGAGGACCCCAAGUACAAGGCGCACCGCAACUCGGUCAACCUUCAACACCCCCAGCCUCGUCAAGGACAGACUGAGAGGUUCAAGGCUGCCCUCGAAAGCCAAGCAUACGAGUACGACACGCCAAUGUCUCCCAGAUCUGCAGACUGGGCCGGCUCGGCCACUAGCUUGCACCGGUUCCCCCAAAACGCCAAUCGCUACAGCAAUGGCUCCCCGGCGACGGGCGGUGACUACUACAACUCUUCCCCCGCUGGCCCACCCAGGCCGCCUAAAGAGCCCAUGGAUGAGAUGACCCAUACGCCUGCCAAGAAGCGCAUCUCCAACUUGGCCUUGAAGACCAGUCCACUCCCUUAUAACAGUGUCGAGAGUGGCUAUGGCACCGGCCCUGGCACCCACGCCGCCAGUACGAGUAAUUACACCGGGAGCCCAAAGCCGGAGAACCGUAACCUUAGCGGUGCCCGCGGCAUGCCUGCUCGUCGACCCUCUGGGCCACGGGCUAUGACCCCCAAGAGUGCGGAGGAAGAAGCCGCCAGGGAAGAGCGACGUCGCAAGAGAGACACCUUCGGCACUGUCGCUAGCAAUGAGACCGACACUUUUUAG